AUGACACGUUCCCGAGGUUUUCAUAGCUCUCGUCGUCAUCAAACUGUCAAACCGUUUCUGCUGGCAGAUAUAGGAGAAGGCAUCACCGAGUGUGAGGUCAUUCAAUGGUUUGUGGAACCCGGGUCCACGGUCGCAGAAUUCGACAAGAUCUGUGAAGUUCAAUCCGAUAAAGCUUCGGUGGAGAUCACUUCACGUUAUUCUGGAAAAAUCACCAAAUUGCAUCAUCCAGUGAAUGGUAUGGCCAGAGUAGGCGAGCCCUUGGUUGACAUUGACACCGAAGAUGGAGACAUGAAUAUGCCAUCGGUGGAUGAUGCAAAGAGCCAGGCAUCGUCUGUUUCGACCCCGAGCACUCCCACCACUCCUUCCAACAGCCGCACGUCAGGGUUCGCCAUGCCGUCCGCUCAAAGGUUACUACAGAUAAGAGGACUGGAUGUCUCGCUUGUCAAGGGAACAGGUAAAGGAGGAAGGAUCCUCAAGAGCGAUGUUUUGGCGCAUUUAGCUCAAUCACCUGAACCACAAGCAAAACCACAAGAAACAGCAGCGCCGUCAUCUGCAAGCUCGUCUGGUACGAGUGACGACUCGUCUACCCCUUUGACAAUGAUGCAAAAGGCCAUGAUCAAGUCAAUGACGAAAUCGCUGUCUAUUCCCCAUCUUGGUUACAAAGAUGAAAUUGAAUUGGAUGCUACCACCCAAUACCGUGCGGCGCUCAAUGAUUACAUCACGUCUCGUCCCAAUGAAUUUGCGUUCAAGAAGAUGUCGUAUUUGCCCAUCUUCAUCAAAUGUCUUUCCAUCGCCAUGUCGCAUUAUCCUAUCAUCAAUGCCACGAUCCAGGGCAAUGUGGAGGAUGUCAACUCGGUUCGGAUUGCCUACCGUCAUGCGCACAAUAUUGGCGUCGCUAUGGAUACCCCCCAAGGUCUGGUUGUACCAAAUAUCAAGAAUGUGCAGGACAAGACCAUUUUUGAAGUGGCUGCAGAGCUCCAUCGGUUGAUGGAACUGGGUAAAAAGGGCGCCAUCCCACUGGCAGAUCUCAAGGAGGGAACCAUUACUUUGAGUAAUAUUGGCGCGAUCUCGGGUCUGUAUGCCAACCCGGUGGUUGUUUCCUCAGAAUUGGCCAUUGUCGCACUCGGCAAGACACGUAUAUUACCACGCUACGAUUCCAUGGGCAAUGUCGUGUCGCGACAGAUUCUCCCCAUCAGUUGGUCCGCUGAUCAUCGUGUCAUUGACGGUGCUACCAUUGCCCGUUUCGGAAACACUUGGAAGAGCCUCAUAGAAAACCCGGCUAUCCUUGCCAGUGAACUACGAUAG